UAGUUGCUUCGCAAACCCUUCAGUGAAUCCACAGAAGAAGAGCCCAUUAUGAGUCGGAACACAACUUUUAACAACAUUGGAGGAAAUACGAACUGAAAUACCUUUACGUAGCGAUUUAGAGAUAAAGGAAUCGCAAUAAUGGCCUCUGACGACGAAAUUAAUAUUCUGGUCAUUGUGUUGGAUGUCAACCCUAUUUGGUGGGGCCAGCAAGCUCAGCGGGAACCUCAGUUCACUCUUUCAACAUGCCUGGAUUCUUUGAUGGUCAUGGCAAAUGCCCAUUUAGUGAUGUCAAGAACCAACAAACUAGCCGUCAUUGCAAACCUGUAUCAAAAGAGCCACUUUCUAUAUCCGAGUAAGCAGUGGAAAUCAGGGGAUGAAAUAUCUGUAAGUAGCGAUGGCAAAUAUGAACUUCUGUCAGUUACCAAUGAACUCUUUGCGGAAGAGAUCAGGAAUCUCAUGGACAGAAGUAAGUUAUUUAAUGAAUUAAUUGUUAUUAUUCAGGUUAAAGGAAUAGGCCAGCUAAAAAUGAAGAUUUGUUGAAAAUGUAGUCAUUCUCUGGCCGUCCAAGAUGUA